UCUCGUUUAGUGAGCGGGAAUCCGGGUGCUGCAUGGCACCAGAAGUGAGACGCGUUCCUAGGAGGUUUCAUGUUGAAGACUCAGCUGUUCCUACAUUCAAUGAUGAUGUAGUUCGUGGAGACUCUGAACAUCGGAUCGGAGCAGUGAUAAUUACUUGCUGAAUGGGUGUUGCGUGGCACACGCGCGCAAUGCGUGUGUCUGCCGCUCAUGCACGCAUGCACACGCACACAACUUACACGCAGUAUGAAACUACGCACAAGGCAUAGUUGUAAUGUAAUCAAGGUUCCGAAGGAUUAUUAAUGAAUGAUUAAAACAGUCUCUUGUGGUUUCGGUUUACAGUUGCGUGAGAAUAUGGUGACGGACGCGCUGACAGUAGACCUCCUUCUGCCAUCAGCUUUUGUCAUUUCGUGAAGAGGAUUUUGCUUAAAGCAACUUCUGGAAUGCCCCUCUUUAAUCUGUCAGCAGUGGUAACAGCUUUGCCAUGAGUGCGGCCAUUCCCCGGUUUCCUAAUAAAAAUAUUUUUGAUCCGAAGGUGAAGAAGAAUUGUUACGAAGACAAAGAGAGUGGCGCAGCACCUCAAGAGGUGGAGGGGGUUCGUCCAAUAGUACACAGUCACUCAGGUGCAGAACGCAAGAGCGAGUGCAGUUGAUUCCUAGAUUUGGCGCUGAAAUGGCCGGUGUACGUGAGUGCGACUUCCAAAACGAUGUGAAUACCAGGUUACUAGCCAUGGCCAGGAGGACAGGCUAUAGCUUUAUGCAGACUAAUGGGCAGAGAAAAUACGGACCUCCGCCCCAUUGGAAAGGGCCACCGCCACCUAAAGGCAGUGAAGUGUUCGUAGGAAGAUUGCCGAGAGAUAUAUACGAAGAUGAAUUGGUUCCAAUUUUCGAAAAGGUUGGGACCAUCUAUGAAGUACGCCUAAUGAUGGAUUUUUCAGGGUCUAAUCGAGGGUUUGCAUUUAUUCAGUUCACAACCCCCCGUGAAGCCGAUAGAGCCAUUAGAGAACUCGACAACUAUGAAGUGAGACCAAGGCGAUACAUUGGCGUUGUGAAAUCGGUUGACAACUGCCGAUUGUUUGUUGGUGGCUUACCGAAAAAUAAAAGUAAGCAGGAAAUCGCAGACGAACUAAGUAAGCACGUCGAAGGAAUCACGGAUGUGAUAUUGUACAGUAGUGUUGUGGAUAAAACGAAGAACCGUGGGUUUGCUUUCGUGGAAUUUCAGAAUCACCGUGCAGCUGCCAUGGCGAGGAGGAAGCUGAUCCCAGGUCACUUGCAGUUAUGGAAUUAUGAAAUCCAGAUUGACUGGGCUAUACCCGAACAAGAUGUUGAUGAAGAAACCAUGUCCAAGGU